AUGAUCUCGGCCAAACUAGCGGAGGAUCUCAACCUCGGUCGCAUUAGAUUGGCCUAUAGGCCCUCCUUCGUCUCGCCACUCGGGUUAGUCCCUAAGCAUGAUGGGGGAUGGCGCCGCAUCCAUGAUCUAUCCUGGCCCCCUAGACAGGGCCUUAACCAGGGCAUACCGGACACUUGGUCAGCCAUUGAAUACAUGACGAUCGAUGAUAUCUACGAGCAGGUCACACAAGCUGGCCUAGGUUGCACAAUCAUUAAGAGAGACAUUAAGGACGCCUUCCGAAUAGUCCCUGUUGCUGAGGACAACCAGCACCUCCUUGCCUUCCAGUGGAACCAUUCCACUUAUGUCGAAUGCUGCCUCCCCUUUGGCCUCGCUACAGCCCCAUUUCUCUUUAACCUCUUCGCCGAGGCUCUCCAUUGGAUACUCCAAUGCCUCCUCCCUGUAUUCUAUAUCAAUCAUUACCUGGACGACUUCAUCGCAAUUACUCGUUCUCCCCCAGUGUCCGACCCUACGGGUCCCUUUGACGAGGUUUACAACGAGGUCACGGAUUACCUGCGUAUCCCCCGCAAUACCAACAAGGACCAGCAGGGGACUUGCGUUACAGUCUUGGGUAUCCAGGUCGACUCUAUUGCAAUGGAAGCUCGCCUGCCACCAGAUAAGUUGUGCCGCGCCACAUUGGACGCCGCAGCUGCCCUAAACGCAGCGAGUCUCUCCCUCAAGCAAACAGAGCAUCUCACAGGCUCAUUAGCCUUCUGUUCAAGAGUUGUCCGGCUUGGGAGAACAAGGCUACAGUCUCUAUACACGUUCCAAGCCGCCUUCCCACAUGGGAGGAGCGCGCGCCGCCGUAUCUCCCACGAGGUACGUGACGAUUUGGAAUGGUGGAGGGACUCCUUGUCUCUUUUCAACGGCGUACUCCUAAUUGACCCCUGCCGCCGGUCUAUCACGCAUCUCUACACAGAUGCCUCCAACACAGGCCAGGGGCUCUUCUUCUUCUCAUCCAAGUCUAUAUCAGACUGCUGGCUGGCCCAUUGUCACCAGCUUCAUCCAAGCAAUGCUGCCUCACUGGCCCUUGUCCAAGACGCACACGCGCACCAAGUCGCACACGCGCACAUCAAUACCACCGAAGUAGACGCCAUUCUACAAGGCUUCCUACUAUUCAGCCAGCAUUGGCUUCAUCAUACUCUCGUUAUCCACACGGAUAGCUCCACAGCCCACAGAGGACUGAGUAAAGGCUUCCUUCAUGGUCCGCCUAACGUACCUCUGAAAAGCCUACUUAUCCUAGCGGCGGCGAGAGACAUCCAAAUUGUGCCACAUUGGCUCCCUUCCCAGGAAAACAAACUAGCAGAUUCCCUCUCCCGUAAUAACUUCCAAGAGGUUGCUAACAUUUGUCCCCACUGGCAGGACCUCUAG